AUGUUCAGGAAGUUGUGGUAUCCCGUAUCGAGGGCAUUUGGGAAGGAGGAUGUCGAUGACCUCACUUCACUCAAGCAUUUACAUGAACCUGCUCUACUACAGGUUCUCCAGAACCGAUUCAAUAGGGAUCAGCUGUACACUAUGUGUGGCCCUAUACUUCUAGCUGUCAAUCCAUUCAAGGGCAUUCAAGGGCUCUACGAGAAGACCGUCGUUGAUAGGUUUCUGUUGGAUUCUGAGAACCUCAUUCAUACUCCACAUGUCUUCUCUACGGCCCUUCGAGCUUAUAAGUCGUCGGUUCGACAAGGAGUUUCCCAGUCUAUACUCAUCAGUGGUGAAUCAGGAGCUGGCAAGACUGAAACCACUAAGCUUGUAAUGCAGUUCCUAUCGGCCUGUGGUAGGGCUUCUAAAAGUGAUAUUAACAGACAAGUGUUGGAGUCAAACCCAUUGUUAGAGGCCUUUGGGAACGCAUGUACACUUCGGAACGACAACUCAUCACGGUUUGGUAAGUUUAUACAGCUGCAGUUUGACGGCGAGAAGGAUCACUUACGGCUGAAGGGCGCCAGAAUAGAAACUUACCUAUUGGAAAAGAUAAGGGUGACGAAUCAAAUACAAGGCGAACGGAAUUUCCAUAUUUUCUAUCAAAUAUGCGCGGCAGCAGCGGUGG